AUGAUAUUCCAGCAAGAUUUGUUUGGGCAAAGUAGCAAAGAUCUGUACAGCUUAUACAAUUUAGUAGAAGGGAAGUGGGAUUUUGAAGCUGAUCCAAUUCAAAUAGCAGAAGAAAGCUCUUUUGUAAGUGUUGAGAAUAAUCUGAAUUAUGUACUUCCUCAUCAUCAAGUGAUGCAGCAAGAUGCGAAGGAAGAAUUUGCCAACACGGUAUCUGUUAGAGGAAAACGACGUCGUUCGAGGAUAAAAAAGAACGUUGAAGAGAUUGAAACUCAGAGAAUGACUCACAUAGCAACUGAGCGGAAUCGCCGGAAACAGAUGAAUGACUACCUCUCUGUCUUGCGUGCUCUAAUGCCAGAUUCUUAUGUUCAAAAGGGCGAUCAAGCUUCAAUAGUUGGUGGUGCCAUUAAUUACGUUAAAGAGCUGGAGCAGCAGUUACAGCUCAUGGGUGGGCUGAAGAAGUAUUCGAAAGAAAAUCAAGAAAUUGAAAGAUCGUCAUCACCAUCACAUCCAUUUGGAGAAUUCUUCACCUGCCCACAGUAUUCUACAACUGCGAUGGCUAUGACUGUGGCAGAUGGGACGGAAAUGGCCAAGGCCGACAUUGAAGUAACGAUGGUAGAGAGCCAUGCUAAUGUCAAAAUUAGAUCGAAGAAGCACCCGAAAAGAUUACUCAAAAUAGUUUCAGGCCUUCAAAAUCUGAGACUUACCAUUCUCCAUCUAAAUGUUACAACAGUCGAUCAAGUAGUGCUCUACUCUCUAAGUGUCAAGGUAGAAGAUGGCUGCAGCCUGACUUCCGUAGAUGAAAUAGCAGCUGCUGUGAAUCAAUUAUUAAGCUAG